AUGCAGCAGAAUUCCCAAACUGAAUAUACCUCGCUGUUUGAUGUGUACCAGAAUACUCAUUACAGUGCACUGAAAGCGCAACUAGAAGAGGUGCAGAGAGAGCUGGAUGGGAAGAAUGACAUUCUGGGCUGCAUGGAGAAGGCGAAGAACGACGCGGAAUGGAACCUCGGCGAACACAAACAAUGGCUCACGGAUGCUAACGAAAAGUACGCGCACAUCUCUGUUUUAUUGAGUAUUACCAAAGCAAAAGUUCAGAUUAAUAAAGAUCUUAAGGAGCUGAAUGGAAAGAAUGACCUCAUGGGUAAUUUGGAGAAGGCAAAGAAUGAUGCGGAAUGGAACCUCGGCGAGCACAGGCAGUGCUUGGCUGAUGCUAACGAAAGUGCACUGAAGGCUCAGCUUGAAAAAUUACAAGAGGAGCUGAAUGUCAAAAAUGACGUCGUAGGCGAUUUGGAGAAGGCGAAGAAUGACGCGGAGUGGAACUUGGAUGAACACAAGCAAUGGCUCGCGGAUGCUAAUCAGAGGUACUUGCAGUACAUAGAACUGUUGCACAGGCUGCAGCAAGUGCAGAUAACUAUUGAGGAAGAGAGUGGUUCCAGCGCACUGAAGGCACAACUAGAAGAGAUGCAGGAGGAGCUGAAUGGAAAGAAUGAUCUCAUGGGCAAUUUGGAGAAGGCGAAGAAUGAUGCAGAGUGGAGCCUCGGCGAGCACAGGCAGUGGUUGGCUGAUGCUAACGAAAGGUCAGAUCACUUGGAUGCGCUGUGCCAUGAGAAAGAACGCGCCAUCCAGGAUCUAGAAAACAGACUGCGCGAAGCGGAACAAAAUGCCUCCGAAAAAGCGAACGCAGAAGAUCUCAUUAUGUAA